AAAAGUGACACACUAGCUAAAUCUAUACUAUAAUAACUCAUAUAAGUACUAGCAACCGUUCGUCCAAAUGUCUUUACCAAAAAACAACCCUCAUCGUCUACAAGAGAAAGAGAGACCCGCCUAUCCGACUCAGCUACCGCCCGCAUUUUGGGACAAACUAUCGGAAGUUCCUCUAACUAAAAACGCCUUACGAGAGCUGGAAAGAAGGACUCACCGACCUGGUACACAACCUCUUACGGCGCAGUGUUUCAACUAUUGUAGCCCACCGGAAAGAGAACGGAUCAAACGCUUUGCGAGGAUAGGAGGUCCUGACCUAUCCGAUCUACGAGGAUACCGGUACGAGCCUAGCAUUGUGCUCGAGUUAGGCAUGAGUGAUAGUACACAGUCUCAUCUCGGCCGUCGAAAACGUGGCUCGGCCUCCGCUUUAGAAAGCCCCCUUAUGCUACCACUAACUAGCACUAAAAAGACUAGCCCGUACGAUCGCGCCUUUCGACAGCACCUUAUCAACCAUGGGAUUUAUCCUAAUAGAUACAAAUAUCCUAACGGACAAGCACCUCUGCCACCAGCAAACAUGGAGGAGAUUAUACAAGUGAUAGCACGGCUCCGAUACCUUGAUGCCGAACUUGUUAGCGAGGAAAGCGACGAGUUCGCUCCGAUACAUGUCCGGUCGUUCGGUUAGUAUGUCACGAAGAGCGUUACGCAUUGAUUGGGUGAUGCUACUACGGCGGCGGACGGAGGGGGUCUUUGUCGCGUUGGACGUUUGGGACCUCUCUAUUUCGAGCCGAAUUCUCUGAACCGCGCGAAUACUACAGGAGGCUUCGGAUGCGAUUAUCUUGUUUCGGAAUCCUAUUUUGAUCAUCG